AUGAUAUACCGACGCGAAGCCGCCCUCGGAAUCCUUCGAGGCCUAUGGCGUAGCAUCGACAAGGACCGGCGCCGACUUCUCGAAGAGAUGACGGACGCCGACAUGCACCGCUUUAUCGCCAUGCUACCGCUUCCAGGACCUGAGCCCGGUGAAGAAACGAGGCUGUUGCCCGACUGCAAAGACCAUGUACAGGCUUUGAUAUAUGUGGAAGAUAUGUCGUCGGUGGACCGGGUCCAGCAGCUUCUAGAGUUGCAGCUCACCCACCGCGCCGUCGAAGCGGCCAUGGAACGCACCUACGAGUUUUUGGAUCACACGAGGCGUCGCCUGUACAAGCUAUUCGAUUCCAGACACGACAAGAAGCGACAAACGGGCCCCACCGGCUUGAGAUAUGUCACUUCCACCGACGACCUGGAUGUCAUCUCGGAGGAUGACGCUCUGCAUGAAGCGACUUGGGGCGAGAGUUUUGCAUGGGAAAUAGAUGAUACGUGGACCGUGGCGGAGGCCGAUAGCACCAGGACAGAUGACGAGGAUUGGUAG